UGGGGACUGGCCUGCCAGGCCAGUUUCUGUUCUUUUUGGGGCAGCGGUGGGUGCCGAGGCCAUGCUAGGGGUCAUGCCCAUCCCCAGCAGAGACUUCUCUUCAGGCCGGCAGUUCCAGGAACCCCCUGGUGACCCCCAAGGGCACCGGCAAGGCCCACACAAUCACAAGAUGUACAUCUGCAAGUCGUUUAUGGCAGCAGUGCUCGGGGGCCUUGCGUGUAACCACAUUCCCACUGCACCCACAUCAAGGACCGCUUUCAUAAUCGGCCUAGCCAGAGGCCGCAUGUUAAGGGCCAGGCAAGGGAGACAAGCUGUGUUUAGGGGAGCUCUGAAAGGAGUGUGGGGGUGGGGUGUGAAGGUGGAGGGCAGCCUAGGGGGUGGGGUGGGGAGUGGUGCUGGGGAGGCCAGCCUGGAAGGCCAGCGAAGGAAGACUGACAGUUCCCCGUCUCUGUCAGCCACUGCCUUCCCAGGGCUCCUACCCAGAGCUCUCCCUAAAUCUCACGGGCACACACAUGCGGUGGCCUCACCUUCCCCCCUCUCUGGCUUCUGAGGCAGCUAGUCUAGAGUGGGGGACAGCCGGCAAGGCCUGGGACUUAACGGGAACUGUACCCAUCCCAGUGCUAAACAUGCCCGAGGGAGCCCUGGUCGUGGUGGCCAACAGCAGCACCGGGCCAGAUGCCUCCGAUGGCAGAUGUCUCCUGGGGAGCAGAGGUUCGCCCCUGGCAGAUGGUGCCACCAGCGCCAAGGACAGCAGACACCCGGUGGGGCCAGGAACCCAGAGCGGAGCUGGUUCUGAAUGUGUUCUUUUUUGGAAAUGACAGGCUUUCCUCAGGGCCCAGCCCGACGCCUGCCUGGAAAAGGGGUAGGCGUGGGCUUCAGGGUGGGGGUCAGGCUGUGUGUGGGAACCAGCAGCUCCUCCAAGAGCAGCACUUAUUUUUAGUCUUCUCCCCAGUCCCAAAUAAACUGAGAGCAGCUGGGAGCCUGUGGGUAAAUGCAGAGUGGAGCAGAGACAGGAAAUCGGGGUCUCUCGGUAAUGAGUUCCAGCCACUGCAGAAAGGGGAAGCCAGACGAGGAAUUUUCUUCAGGACUGUUUCCCUCUGGCAGGCUCUGGUAUUAUCACCAAAAAGAAUGUUCGUGUGUGUGUGUGUGUGUGUGUGUGUUUACAACUCCUGUCCAAUUCUGUCUUUUUUCCCUACCUUUUUGCUAGGUUUGAUUGCUUUGCAGGCUCCAGAUCCCAGAGCUGGUGCCUGUGUGUGUCUGGGGGCGGAGGGGGAGGAUACCGGAGCGGCACGGUCCGGUCGGAGCCGUUGUAUAUCUGAAACUGUUUAGGGAAAGGCUGAAGGACGCAGGCCUGGGAAGUGGGGAAACUUGAACACAGCUUGACGUCCCCAGGGGGAGGGGGCAGAAACAAGGAAGAGGAGAGAAUUUGGUCUCUGGCCAGAAAAAGGGCUUUUUCAACCAAGGAAUCUAACUGCUGACAUGGGUGCCCAGCAUGGAUGGGGACAUUGAUGUUUACAAGCAUUUUGCGUGGCUGAAGAGGUCCCAGGUGAAUCACCACGGUGCUGCUAGUAAUGAAACGUACCAGGAACGCUUGGCACGUCUAGAAGGAGAUAAGGAGUCCCUCAUUUUACAGGUGAGUGUCCUCACAGACCAAGUGGAAGCACAAGGAGAAAAGAUUCGGGACCUGGAGGUGUGCCUGGAAGGACACCAGGUGAAACUCAAUGCCGCCGAAGAGAUGCUUCAACAGGAGCUGCUAAGUCGCACAUCUCUUGAGACCCAGAAGCUUGAUCUGAUGACUGAAGUUUCUGAGCUGAAACUCAAGCUGGUUGGCAUGGAGAAGGAGCAGAGAGAGCAGGAGGAGAAGCAGAGAAAAGCAGAGGAGUUACUGCAAGAGCUCAGGCACCUCAAAAUCAAGGUAGAAGAGUUGGAGAAUGAACGGAAUCAGUAUGAGUGGAAGCUGAAGGCCACUAAGGCUGAGGUAGCCCAGCUGCAAGAGCAGGUGGCCCUGAAGGAUGCAGAAAUUGAGCGCCUGCACAGCCAGCUCUCCCGGACUGCAGCCCUACACAGCGACCACUCAGAAAAAGACCAAGAAAUUCAACGUCUGAAAAUGGGGAUGGAAACUUUGCUUGUUGCCAAUGAAGAUAAGGACCGUCGGAUAGAGGAGCUCACAGGGCUGUUAAACCAGUAUCGGAGGGUGAAGGAGAUCGUGAUGGCAACUCAAGGGCCUACAGACAGAACUCUCGCAAUCAAUGAAGAAGAACUCGAGGGAAGUUUCCGAAAGUGGAACAGUGCAAACAAAGGCCCUGACGAAUUACUUAAGCCAGAGAUGCCUCCAAGAUGUAGCUCUCCCACCGCGGGGCCACCUCCACUCCCGCAGAAAUCACUGGAAACCAGGGCUCAGAAAAAGCUCUCAUGUAGUCUAGAAGACCUGAGAAGUGAACCUGUGGACAAGUGUGUCGAUGGGAACCAGCUCUCCCCAGUGAUAGAACCCAAGGACGGCCCUUUCCUGGCAGAGCACAAAUACCCCACAUUACCUGGGAAGCUUUCGGGAGCUACACCCAAUGGAGAGGCUGCCAAGUCAACUCCCAUGGCCUCGCAGCCCGACCCCACAGGGGGCAGCCUGCUGAGGCUGAAUCGUGGCCGGAGUGUCAGUGCCCCCGUAUUAGGAGACACAGAAAGUGGUUGGGACGACACUGCUGUGGCCAAUGACCUCUCAUCCACAUCAUCGGGCACUGACUCAAGCCCCCAGUCUCCCCUGACGCCAGAUGGUAAACGGAGCCCCAAAGGCAUCAGGAAAUUCUGGGGAAAAAUCCGAAGAACUCAGUCAGGAAAUUUCAACACUGAUGCUCCGGGGAUGGCAGAGUUUCGACGCGGUGGGCUCCGGGCAACCGCAGGGCCAAGGCUUUCUAGGACCAGAGACUCCAAGGGUCAGAAAAGUGACGCCGGUGCCCCCUUUGCCCAGUGGAGCACAGAGCGUGUGUGUGCGUGGCUGGAGGACUUCGGCCUGGGUCAGUACGUGAUCUUUGCCAGGCAGUGGGUGACUUCUGGCCACACUUUACUGUCAGCUACCCCUCAGGACAUGGAAAAGGAGUUAGGAAUUAAGCAACCUCUGCACCGGAAGAAGCUGGUUUUAGCAGUGAAAGCCAUCAACACCAAGCAGGAGGAGAAGUCCGCACUGCUCGACCACAUCUGGGUGACACGUUGGCUUGAUGAUAUUGGCUUACCCCAAUACAAAGAUCAAUUUCAUGAAUCCAGAGUUGAUGGGCGAAUGCUACAAUAUCUGACUGUGAAUGAUCUCCUCUUCUUAAAAGUCACGAGCCAACUACAUCAUCUCAGCAUCAAGUGUGCCAUUCAUGUGCUACAUGUCAACAAGUUCAACCCCCACUGCCUACACCGGCGGCCAGCUGACGAGAGUAACCUUUCUCCUUCAGAAGUUGUACAGUGGUCUAACCACAGGGUGAUGGAGUGGUUGCGAUCUGUGGACCUGGCGGAGUACGCGCCCAAUCUUCGUGGGAGUGGUGUCCAUGGAGGCCUCAUUAUCCUGGAGCCCCGCUUCACUGGGGACACCCUGGCUAUGCUUCUCAAUAUUCCACCGCAGAAGACGCUCCUCAGACGUCACCUAACCACCAAAUUCAAUGCCCUGAUUGGUCCUGAGGCUGAACAGGAAAAGCGAGAGAAAAUGGCCUCCCCAGCUUACACACCACUGACCACCACAGCCAAAGUCCGGCCAAGGAAACUGGGAUUUUCACAUUUUGGAAACAUAAGAAAAAAGAAAUUCGAUGAAUCGACAGACUACAUUUGCCCAAUGGAGCCCAGCGACAGUGCUGGUGACAGUCACAGGGUCUACAGUGGCUACCGGGGCCUCAGCCCCCUCGAUGCCCCUGAACUGGAUGGGCUGGACCAGAUGGCGCCUUCGGAAGGCACUGUGACGCAGAUAGGGCUCCUCUCCCAAGACAUUCACCGUCUCACGACUAUGCUGAGCCAGGACCAGCUGCUGAACGACUCUCGCCUGGCGGCUCCCAACCCUGAGGACUGGAGAUGACUUUCUUCAUGGCCAAGAGGCCAGAGAGGCACGUGUGGGGGCCCCAAGUCUCUGCUUCAAGGGGGGCUGGCACAGCCACCCGCAGAGUCCAGACGGGCUGGCAGGACAUCUUGGAACGUGGGUGCUGACAGGAGCGAGCAGAGUGGUGAACAGAUGUCAGGGGGUGGGCCCAGGGGGCCCCGUGUUUUCAACUGUACUGUGCUCUUCACCACAGCUUUUAUACCUUUUGUACUUUUAUACGUGGACUGCACCCCACUUCUGUGGGGAGGGCAGUGAGACAUCAGCACAGACUCGAUUCAAUGGCUCACGCUCUUCCCUGAGACAGUUGGGAGGUUCUUAACACCAAAGGGAAAGGGCAAUGAGUUCAUAGAAGCUCUGCUGUUAAGAAAAUCCUGAAACAAUGUUCUGGCUGUACUGGAGUGGCUGGAAUGAAAGGGGGCCCCUCCUGGGCUGCUUCCACACACAGGGAGUACUUCAUCCACAGGAACCUGGCUAGGGCGUUGGUGUUCAGGGUGACUGCAGGGAAGGAGCCUCUCUUCCCACUGCCCCAACUGCCCUCAUCCUACCCUCCUCUGCAACAGAGGUUGUCAGUGCUGGGCCUCCUCCAGAGCAGAGACCGCUCUAACACGUGCAGGCACUCAUGCUCACCCUAGCUGACAGGCAGCACAGGCUCCAAAGUGCGGUUGUCUGAUCAAAUGGCUCCCCCCAGUGGACAGUGCUUGCUUACCCCCAAACCAACGGUUCCACCGCCACUCGCCAUCUUCCCAGAGCAGCCUGUUCCCCUGGGGUGUCUCCUACCUCACCCCACAUGCCCCAGCCAUACUGUCCCUCCCAAACGGUCUCCCCACUUGGUAGAGCCCUGUCCUCUUCCUCCCUGUGGUGGCUUGGGCCUCCUCUCUCCUCUGAUUUCCAACGCUGGUCUCCUCCUUGGUCCAUUACCCUCCCAAUUGGUCCCUCCAAAGGUUCUCUACCUUACCCCAGAGUGGCCUUCCCAAAGCACUGUUUUGAUCCUGUUACCUUUAUGCUCAGAACGCCUCAGUUCCAGAAGCCAGAGUAGAGUUCAAAAGCCUUUGCUAGCACCCAAGGCCAUUCAGAAGCCACUCUGUAGCCUGUGUCUCUGCGUUUCCCCCACCGUGGGACCUACUUUUCCCCCGUGGUCCCCUUCACAAGACCCAGCAUGACACCACUUCUUUCAGGAAGCCUUCACUGAUGUGUUGGUUAGAGGUCCCUGUGUCCCACUGUGUAGUCUGCCCUUGAGCCCGAGCCCUUCCUGGCUCACCCUGAAGUACUGUGUCUUCCUUUCCAUAGCCUCUCAGCACAAACUCACCAAGCAACCUGCUAUGCGUGGGCUCCUGUACAGACCGGAAUAAGAGCCAAUGCUGGUCCUUAGACUGCUUAGGGGCUCCAUGCUGCCAAGUUCCCCAUCCACCCACCCCUUCAUAUGUGUGGGUUAAGCAUGUUCCAUGCCAGGCUAAGAAGGGCUACAGAUACAGACAGGCAUGAAUGUCAAGGUCUUUGUCUGAGGGUGCUGAUGGUCUAGUGGGGGGUGCACAUCUGUUUCAAACAGGCAUGCGCUGAAAGUUACAGAGGCUCCAGUAGAAGUCUCUACAGCCUGAAAGAACAAGGUGUCCUUUUUAAUGGAGAGCUGGGGGAGGGGACUGAAAACGACUUGGAUUUCAGAGAUGAAUCAGGUUCCCCAAGGGUGCCAGAGGGGAAAGGCAUUCCAGGCAGAUGGAUGUGGAACAUGCCAGCACAUCCCAGGAAGUGCCCAAAGUUGCUAAAACCAGAGAACAGUUUCUCAACCUCUGCGCUGCUGUCACUUAGGGCUGAAUAAUUUGUUGUGAUGAGGGCUGGUUUGUGUGUUGUAGGAGGUUUCGCGGCAUCCUCUAUCCCUGUCUGGCAACAGCAUGCCGCCUCUGAUUGUGACAACCGAAAAUGUCUCCAGA